AUGUUUGGCGUCGCAACAUCGCGUUUUCUGCGUCCAGCUACACUUACAGUCCCAAAAACUCAGAUCUACCGAGCCAUGGGUACGGUUGCAACUAAUUCCAUGCGGAGUGGCUUUUCAAAGGAUCGCCUUAGUGAAGCUUCAACAUCUUCGUCGUCCGACUCAGUUGCAGACAAACGAUCUAAGGUAUCGGAAAAGAUUCAAGCGCGCGCUCAGAAGAAGGCAGCAAUAAAGCUAACUCCUACUGCGGUGGAGCAUAUUCGAAAACUUUUAAGCGCAAGUGAUGGACCCAAGCUUGUUCGUGUGGGUGUGAGAAACAAAGGAUGUGCAGGUAUGAGCUACCACUUGGAGUAUGUGACACCGGGCGAAGAAGGUCGUUUCGAUGAACGUGUUAUGCAAGAUGGAGUAGAGGUGCUAAUUGACUCCCGAGCUCUGUUCAGCAUCAUUGGUUCAGAGAUGGAUUGGAAAGAAGAUCGCAUGUCUGCCAAGUUCGUCUUCAACAAUCCGAACAUCAAAGAUGCAUGUGGCUGUGGCGAGUCAUUCAUGGUCUGA